UCGGUGAGAAAGGGGAUUGGUGCGCGCGCAGCCAGAGAGGGCCGGCGGCCGGCCGUUAGUGAGCACCGGCUGAGGGGAAGGUCGGGCGAUGGCGUUGGAUGUCUUCAAGUCUCGUUCACCGAUCCCGGCGUUGGUGCUGCUGGCGGCCGCCCUGGGAAUCGCUUCGGGUUUCUACCUGCCGGGCUUGGCCCCUGUCAACUUCUGCGAGCCGGAGGUCGGCGAUUGCAAGAAUGCUAUUGAACUAUUUGUGAACAGGUUGGACUCAGUGGAAUCUGUCUUGCCUUAUGAAUAUGCUGCAUUUGAUUUCUGUCAACUGGAAGAGGAAAAGCGUCCCUCGGAAAACCUUGGUCAAGUACUGUUUGGUGAGAGGAUUGAGUCAUCUCCAUACAAGUUCCACUUUAAGAAGGAAGAAGUGUGUAAGCGCGUCUGUACAAAAAGCUACAAUCCAGAAAACAAGGAUGACAAAUCAAAGUUGGCAUUUCUGAAGAGUGGCAUGCAAUUAAACUAUCAACAUCAUUGGAUUGUUGAUAAUAUGCCUGUCACAUGGUGCUAUGAUGUGGAAGAUGGCCAGAAGUUCUGUAAUCCAGGAUUUCCCAUUGGUUGCUACAUAACAAAAGAAGGUCAUCCAAAAGAUGCGUGUGUUAUUAGUACUUCCUUCAAUGAGAAAGACACUUACUAUAUUUUCAAUCAUGUGGAUAUCACAAUGUAUUUCCAUAGUGAAGGUGGGACUGAAGCAAGACUUGUAGCUGCCAAAUUAGAACCAAAAAGCUUCAAGCACACACACGUUGAUAAGCCUGACUGCUCAGGACCACCUUUGGGUAUCCCUAAUGUAUUUCGAGAGAAAUUUAAUAUUGCCUAUACCUACUCUGUUAAAUAUGCUACAUCAAAUAUUAAAUGGGCAUCAAGGUGGGAUUACAUUUUGGAAUCUAUGCCUCACACCAACAUUCAGUGGUUUAGCAUUAUGAAUUCCUUGAUAAUUGUCCUAUUCCUUUCUGCAAUGGUUGCUAUGAUAUUGCUUCGAACGUUGCAUAAGGACAUAGCACGUUACAAUCAAAUGGAUUCAGCUGAAGACGCCCAGGAGGAAUUUGGAUGGAAAUUAGUACAUGGUGAUGUCUUUAGACCACCUCGGAAAGGAAUGAUGUUAUCUGUUUUCCUGGGUUCUGGCACUCAAAUCUUUAUCAUGAUGUUUGUUACUCUAUUUUUUGCAUGCCUGGGAUUUUUAUCACCUGCAAACAGAGGUGCUUUGAUGACUUGUGCAGUUGUCUUGUGGGUGCUGCUUGGGACUCCAGCAGGCUAUGUAGCUGCCAGAUACUACAAAUCAUUUGGUGGGGAGAAAUGGAAAACAAAUGUAUUAUUGACCUCUCUUCUGUGCCCAGGGGUUGUUUUUGCUGAUUUCUUUAUCAUGAAUCUGAUUCUUUUGGGUGAAGGAUCUUCAGCAGCUGUACCCUUUGGAACAUUAAUUGCUGUCCUGGCAUUGUGGUUUGGCAUUUCAGUGCCUCUGACAUUCCUUGGUGCCUAUUUUGGCUUCAAGAAACUUACAAUAGAGCAUCCUGUUCGCAUCAAUCAAAUUCCACGCCAGAUCCCUGACCAGUCAUUCUACACAAAGUCUAUACCUGGAAUCAUUAUGGGUGGCAUAUUGCCAUUUGGAUGUAUUUUCAUUCAGCUUUUCUUCAUUCUCAAUAGUAUAUGGUCUCAUCAAAUGUAUUACAUGUUUGGUUUCCUAUUUCUGGUGUUCAUUAUUCUCAUUCUCAUCUGUUCCGAAGCAACCGUUCUUCUCUGUUAUUUCCACCUUUGUGCUGAGAAUUACCACUGGCAAUGGCGAUCAUUUCUCACUAGUGGAUUUACAGCAGUGUAUUUCUUAAUCUAUGCAGUCCAUUAUUUCUAUUCCAAACUCCAAAUAAUUGGAACUGCCAGCAUCAUUUUGUAUUUUGGAUAUACAAUGAUAAUGACGUUGAUCAUCUUCUUAUUCACAGGAACUGUUGGGUACAUCGCUUGUUUUUGGUUUGUGACCAAGAUUUACAGUGUUGUCAAGGUGGAUUAAAAGAACUAUCUUUCUGGAGAAGUAUACGUCUUUUUGACAGAACAUUUGUUUACUAAGUUGAUUUGAUGACUUGCACAUGGAAGAGUCUGGUUAAAUCAGAAGAACUAUUGUACAAAAUACUGGCACCGAGUUUAUAUUUUUUAACUAAAACUUGUUGGGAUAUAAAUCAUUUUGAAAUGAAUACACACUUGUUCAGUUUGAAGAAAAAUCUGUCCUGUUCGCUUUUUUACAUUGGGAUUUGUUUAAAAUUUCCAUUAUUUUAUAUUUUAUAUUUCUAUUUACAAUGCUUUCAAAGGCAUGUAUGGCACAAUAAUGUUUCUGUAAAAUGUGGUAAACACUGUCCACUGAAGUAAAGAUCUUCAGAAGACCUGUACUUUUAAGAUAACAAAAACUCUGUGCAAUAAGACAAAAAACAACUUGGUUUUGAAUUAAAGUGCAUUUUGUUACUUGUCACUCUCUCCAUUUUACUAUUCCCAAUGUCUAUUAAGGUACGACACAGUUGUUAUGCAAGCAGUUAAGGAGUUGGGUCACUUCCUUUAUUGCCUUUUUACGAUGAGGUGUUGACAUAUUUUUAUUGCCUCCUAUUAUGACAGCAGAGGAAGGAACUUCUGGUGAAUGAGUUAAUUAUUCAUAAACUAACAUCCUGAGCUUAAUUUAGAAGCACUUGUUUUCAGGUAAUAAUAUAAUUUAUUGCUGUGAUGAUGCUGGCAGUGAUCUGCUUAAGAGUUGGCUAUAUUGCUAUGAGAAUGUUUAAUCAGUCACACUGGAACUCAUUGAAAAACAUAUAUGUGUAUCCAAUUUAGCCUAAAAUAGAUUAUUAUAAAGCUUACACCAUAGAAUUUGCUGACUGGCUUUACCUGUUACAGUAUUUAUCUUCUAUCUCAUCAAUUCUCAAAAAGAUUGUUAUUCCUGUUUUACUUUACCCACGAUGCGUUAGUUGUCACACCCAAUGAAAAAAUUGUCCCUUGAUAUUUUCCUAUAAUAGUUUUUAGCGUGUUAGCUCAAUCCUCUCUCUUUUUGGCAAAAACUUCAAUCUUGCUAUGUCACCUUGCAAUGCAGAAACAAGCAUUUAAAAGUUUUUCUUUUAAAAAGGCAGAUUAUUAAAUUGGAUUGUAAAGUACAAGGGAGAGUAGAAUACUGGAGAAGACGAGAAAGACGGGAGGAAAAUAGAACAAUGAAAAUUUGCUGCACUACAACCAUGUUUCGUGAUUGUUUUCUUUAUAUUCUACAAACUACACUAGUGAAUGAAAAGGAACUAUUUUACAAUAAUUAGAGGUUUACAUUUGUUGGAUAUAGGCCUAUUUUGUUGAUUCUUGAUGACAUUAUGAUAAUUAUUUGAGUAUUUACUUAGGAGCAACUUUUAGUAUAAAUUAUGUUUUCUGUAACUAGAAACACCGCCGAACUUAAAUUUUCAUUAUGAUUCUGAAGGAAUGUGUUGGACUGCUUUUUUUUUAAUAUUUGGUUAAUAUUUUUUAAUGGGAUGAUUGGUCAUGUUGAAUACUGUAUCUUUUUAUUCCAUUGGGAUGACUUUUUGCUCUGUGCCUCUGAAUCAUUCAAUUUGCAGGUGAGCAAUCUGUUUUUCAAUAAAUCGCAUAUAAAAAUAAAA